AUGGAGUGUGGAAAGGGACACUCGAUCAUGUGCCGCUAUCGUCCGCCAUGCCCCGAGCCUGAGUUGACCCUGGAUGUGACAAAGCAUUCAGACAACAACUUCCUCACAAUUCUCCUCCAAGAUCAAAUUGGAGGACUUCAAGUGCUUCAUGAGAACCGGUGGAUCGACGUUCCUCCAAUACCUGGAGCACUAGUGAUAAUCAUCGGAGAUCUUUUGCGGAAUUUCUUCAUCCGACCGCGGGAGACAUCCGAAGACAGCUUCGAAUCGAAUAGCGGCUCAGAGAAUCUCGGCGUCCCAAUCAUCGACCUCGGCCAAAUCGACCGCGACCCAACCAAGAGGAGGGAGGGGAUCGAGAGGAUGCGACGCGCAUCAGAGAUGCUUGGGUUCUUCCGGGUAGUGAAUCCCGGAGUUUCAGCAGCCGUGAUGGGGAAGGAGGAGGGAUUGAGGAGGUUCCACGAAGAUGACGAGGCAAAGAAGGUGCUCCACACGCGCGACAUGAUGAGGAAGGUUAUGUACAGCAGCAAUUUCGAUCCGAACACGACGUCCGUGGUGAACUAG